GGCGGCCGGCGCUUUUAUAGAAGCAUGCUCUAGUUUCAUUGUCGUUUUUGUCCUUCUCCUCUGAGCGCCUUCGCUCCAUGUGCGAAAUGGCAGUGUGACGGCUUGCAGCGGCCUUCUUAGCAGCGGCAAACGCGGCAGUGCAGCAGUCCAGUGCACUGGCUUCCUGUACAUUUGGAAAAAUGGCGUCCCUUGAAGUAACCCUCAGCACUGCUGUAGUCGACAGCAUAAAAGAAAAGCUCGACUUCACAUCAGACUUUUUGUCUGCCAAACACCCACUCAUCUUUCUUGGCCAAUCAAACACCCACUUAACUGGCAGCCAUGUCACUGAGCUCCACACUUUGCCCGGCAAAUGCCGGGACCCUCUGGGGGGGCUUGUAUCAGACGGUUGACCCCCUAGGAUCCCUCCUGGACAAAGAUGAAGAUUCCCUAGCAGAGGGGGUGCCCUCCCCUUUCUCCUCAUCCCCAAGUUAUAUCCACACCAUCCUUGCUUCUCCUUCCCCGAUCCUCUCCCCUCCUUCCCCUCAUCUCUCGCUUCUGGGUGACAAGGUGGAGUCAGACUUGCUCUCCCUGCCCUGGCUGUCAGAUGAGCUGCUGGAUGCCACCAUCAGUCCAGAUGCACGCAGAGAGGAUGCGUUCUCUGGCAUGGACUGGAUGGCAGAGAAGAUCGACCUGAGUGAAUUUGACCUGGACUCCCUCGUGGGAUCCUGUGACACCGAUGAAGCGCCAACCUCCCCAGAGAGUCUCACCUCCUCCUUGGAGCCUCACAUGGAACUGGAUCCUCAGCCUGAGCCCAGUCCCUUCAGCACCUCCAUCACCGAAGAAGUGGAUGUCAGCCUGUCGGAAGAUCUCGCCUUCCCCUCAGCGGCGCCUGAGAAGGUGGAGAUGAAGAUCGAGCCUCCAUCCCCAGUUCCGUCUCCCUCCCUCCCUCCUUCUUCACCCAGCUUUACCCUGGAUCUAGGCAGCGAGGUCGAUGUCUCUGAAAGCGAGAAGACGGCGCCUGUCGACAGCGCGCCAGUGCCGAAGAUCAUCCUCUCCUUCUCCCCGUCUCUCGUCCUCCUCUUGUCCCCUGAGGAGAAGCUACCUACCGUCUGCACCCUGGCAACUGUCACCCCUGACGACCACUCCGACAGUGACAGUGGCAUCAGUUCUGUCGCAGAGUCUCUCCAGCACGAGCCCUGCCUCAGUCCACUGGGUCACACUGUCGGUUCAUCCAGGACCAAGCCCUACUCCCCUUCAUCAAAAUCUGAUGCAGUGUGUACCGGGAAGGUGAAGUCUGCCUCUACGAGGACAGGCCCUAAGGUGGUGGAGAAGAAGCUGAAGAAGAUGGAGCAGAACAAGACCGCCGCUACCCGGUACCGCCAGAAAAAGCGAGCGGAACAGGAGGCACUGGUAGAAGAAUGCACUGAGCUGGAGACGAGGAACAGGGAGCUGGAAGAGAAAGCAGAAUCCAUCAGCAAGGAGAUCCAGUACCUCAAGGACCUCAUGGAGGAGGUACGGAACGCCAAGAACAGAAGGAGCAAAGGUGGCAACAGAGCGGCAUCCUAAGUGGGAGCUGGACAAGAACAUCCGCGAGAACCCACUUGCAUGUCCCUGGAACAGGAAAUGAAUUGCUGCAGCACAGAAUCCACACGCCCGUUCCGGACUCACACCAGUUACAUGCAGCGUCAGUAGAUCAGUGUUAGAAUUAAAGCAAGUUUGUAUAUUCACUGUCCAUUACAUCUCACACUGUCCGAGUGCUUUGAUGGUUUAACAAAAGGUCAUCUGCUCAUAUGAUCUGCUUUGAAUCUAGGCUGUUUGUACUUGGUAGUUUGUGCUUUCAGAUUAAUAUUUUUUUUACGGUUCUAUGCACAUUUAGUGUGUCUAAGUAGUUUUACUCAUUGUGAAUUUAUUUAAUGCGAGUCCUUUUGCUCUGUAUAUAGUGUUUGGUUUUGCUCUGGCUCUACAGUAUGGUGGAUUUCCUAAUAAAAAAUGAAGUGAACCUA